AUGUCAUCGUCCAUGCAUCAAAUGAUCAGUCCUCACCAACUUCUUCUCUUCUCUCUUCUUUCCUUCAUGGGAUGCACUAUUAUUCCCGUAUGUAGUGCUAGCGUGACAAAAAAGCUAGACCAAGCAUUAGUGCCCCGAGAACUAGAUGCUGGAAUAAAGUGUGGAUCAUGUCCUUGUGUCAACCCAUGUGCCCAGCUGGCUCCUCCUCCUCCACCACCACCACCAUCGGCACCUCAGACUCCGUAUUGUACUCCUCUUGCACCACCACCCCCUCUUGCACCACCACCCCCAAGGUUUAUUUAUGUGACCAGUGUUCCUGGGAGUUUGUCUGAAACUGAUCCUUAUGAUCAUUGGAAAUUCUACAGUGGUGCUAGACAGAAUCCUGUUAGAUGGUUGCUGCUUUUGGUUGGCCUUGGAGUUAUAGAGCUGCUGGUGAUUUGGUAA